UGUCUGACCAAUGGGGCGCCCCCAGUCACUAUAAAGGGGGAGAUCUCCUGACAGUUAGUCGGGUCACCCUGAAGUUUGCUCCGUCUCUACAGCAGGUCUAGCCCGAUCUCUCAUCAUGCCUUUCGGAAACACCCACAACGCUUUCAAGCUGAACUUCUCCUGCGAUGAGGAAUUCCCAGAUCUCACCAAGCACAACAACCAUAUGGCCAAGGUCCUGACACCCGACAUCUACAAGAAGCUGAGAGAUAAAUGCACUCCCAGUGGCUUCACCCUUGAUGACAUCAUCCAGACCGGUGUGGACAACCCAGGUCACCCUUACAUCAUGACUGUGGGCUGCGUCGCUGGUGACGAGGAAUCCUAUGAAGUCUUCAAGGAUCUGCUUGACAAAGUCAUUGAGGACCGUCACAACGGCUACAAACCCACCGACAAGCACAAGACCGACCUGAACUGGAACAACCUGAAGGGCGGAGACGACUUGGACCCAAACUACGUUCUGAGCAGCCGUGUCAGGACUGGCCGCAGCAUCAAGGGAUACACCCUCCCCCCACACUGCAGCCGCGGUGAGCGCCGUGCCAUUGAGACCUUGUCCAUCAAAGCUCUCAGCAGUCUGACUGGAGAGUUCAAGGGAAAGUACUACCCCCUGAAGGACAUGACCGACGCCGAGCAGACGCAGCUCAUUGAUGACCACUUCCUCUUUGACAAGCCCGUGUCUCCUCUUCUGUUGGCCGCCGGUAUGGCUCGUGACUGGCCCGAUGCCCGUGGUAUCUGGCACAACGAGAACAAGUCCUUCCUUGUGUGGGUAAAUGAAGAGGAUCACCUGAGAGUCAUCUCCAUGGAGAAGGGAGGCAACAUGAAGACAGUGUUUAAACGCUUCUGUGAGGGUCUUCAGAAGAUUGAGGAGAUCUUCAAGGCCGCAGGACAUCCCUUCAGCUGGAGCGAGCAUCUUGGUUACAUCCUUACUUGCCCAUCCAACUUGGGCACAGGUCUGAGAGGCGGCGUCCACGUCAAGCUUCCCAACCUCAGCAAACACCCCAAAUUCGAGGAGAUCCUGACCAGACUGCGUCUGCAGAAGAGAGGCACCGGUGGUGUGGACACAGCUGCCGUCGGUGGCACCUUCGAUAUCUCCAACGCUGACAGAUUGGGCUUCUCUGAGGUCGAACAGGUCCAGAUGGUGGUUGACGGUGUGAAGCUGAUGAUUGAGAUGGAAAAGAAGCUGGAGAAGGGACAGCCCAUCGAUGACUUGGUGCCAGCCCAGAAGUAAAGGGCUUAUUAGAGACAGAGCUUAACAACCCCCCCUCCCCCCUCGUAAAGGACACCGGAGAGAGAGGGGGGGCAUGGAGACCCCAGGAACACCACUAGAGGUUGGAAGAAAGUCGUCUUCAGGGGGAUGACAGUAGAGAUGGGGGAAGAGAGAGCGCGAUGGGAGGGGGGCAGAGAGGCUGGCGGAGUCAUCAGCGGCCUUUAUCCCCAUCUCUCUGCGUGACGGGUGGCUUUUUGUACAGUUGUCAUGUAUUUAUUACACAUAUUCCCAGGUUUCCCUCCCUCUUCCCCUAUGUGUUCUGUGUCCCUCCUGUGAUCAGAUGAAGACAAUAAAAACACAAUUUGGCCUCUA